CGUCUUAAGGGGGGAGGGGGGAAUCUCACCCGGCUUCAUCUGUUAUAUCAGUUCUGAUCCACUUACCAACUGCCUCAAAUCAAAACUUCCCCUUUGCAUUGACCUUCAUAAUUUCAACUACAAUACAUCAGAAUGGAUCAACGUCAACCAACUUCCAUUGAAGCUAUAUAAGUAUAUGAUAGAGGCUAUAUGAUUCCAGUACUGUUAUAAUAUACUAUUCAACAUCCCCUCUAAGAAAAAGGGAAGAAUUAUAAUGGAGAUGUUGAAGAAGUGGAAGAAGAAUAUUCUAAUACGAUGCAAGUCAACCAAGGAGAAAAAUAGUAAGAUACCAAACACAUUACCAAAGUGCAAGUCAUUUCCACCGUGGUGCAGUCCGAGCCCAUCAUCAUCAUCCAUCGGCGCAACGAAGCAACAGGCGACACCGGGGGGAUGCUUCUCGGUAUACGUUGGAUCCGAGAGGCAGAGGUUUGUGAUGAAGGCCAAGUACGCUAACCACCCUUUGUUCAAGAUGUUAUUAGAUGAUGCUGAGCAGCAAUAUGGCUAUAGCUGUGAUGGCCCUAUUUUUCUGCCUUGUGAUGUUGAUUUAUUCUAUAAAAUCUUAGCUGAGAUGGAUAGCGAUGCUACAGAUAUUAUUCAACCUCAUGGGUGCGGUGGAUAUGGCUCAUAUAGUCUCCUUAGUCCAUCUAAAUUUCUCAAAAUUAACCAAUUUUAAAGACAGUAUAUACAACUUGCAAAACUCUUGUUUUGUUUUCCAUUUUGUUCUUUGAUCUGGAUUUUCAGUUUUUUGCUUUGACUUUAGGAUUGUAUUUAUUUUUGCAUUUGUUUGUAUCACAUUUGGAUUGAAUGUAUCAUGUAUAAUCUACAGUUCUUA